AUGAGAAUUUAUCAUCUCUCGCGCGAAAAUGUUAAUAAGAGAAAAUGUACAAUUUGUGACAAAGAUUAUGAAAUAGACGACAUAGUUGUUUCCACCCCAUGUAACCAUGUUUUCCAUAAGGACUGCAUAGUUGAAGUUCUCAAGGAUACUCAAGCAUGUCCCAUUUGUAGUAAGGCGUGUAGGCAAGUCAAGCUAAAGUCUCACAAUAUUUUGGCAGAAGGGGAAUCCCAAGCCACUUCUAAUCCAACUUCUUUCAAUACAAAUAUUGGCAAUAAAGGUGCUAUACCGAAAAACACAAAUAGGAAGAAUAUCAGACGUAAUUUGCUAGAAACGGAAAUGACUAGAACUCCUGCAUUCACUCGAAAUCAUGAGAAUGCACAUCAACAAUUUUCCGCCCAUGAUUUGAGUGAUAAUACACUUCAAAAUUUAAUAAAUGAUGCCUUAGAGAAUAUGUUAGAAAACAUGAGAUUUUGGAAGAAGAAAAUAAAUAAAUAUAAAAAUAAUAGAAUAUUUUUGCCUCGCAAAGUUGUGUCGGAAUUAGAUACUGAAUUUUCUGAUGAUAGUGGUAAUAUAGAAACCGAUGAUAAUGUGCAUAUUUUAGAUAAUGAUCAGAGAAACAGGUUAGAUAUUGCUAUUAACUCAUUCCCGUCAUUUGCGAAAGAAGGGCUAGGAAGAACUACGUUAGUAUCACAUGUAAUUGACACAGCAGAGAACAAACCCAUCAAGCAACGUCAUUUCGCAGUUUCACCUGCUAUUGAACAAUUAUUAUUUGAAGAAAUAGAUCGUAUGCUCCAGCUAGGGGUAAUAGAAGAGUCGCAAAGUCCAUGGUCAUCUCCAGUGGCAUUAGUACGCAAACCGGGUAAGGUGAGAUUGUGCCUUGAUGCCCGAAAAGUUAACAGUGUCACUGUGAAAGAUGCUUAUCCUUUGCCUCUGAUCGAUGGAAUACUCAGUAGGCUCCCUAAGGCCAGAUUCAUUACGAGUCUUGAUCUUAAGGACGCCUUCUGGCAGAUUCCAUUAGAUGAAAGGUCAAAGGAAAAGACAGCUUUCACCGUACCAGGGCGUCCCUUAUACCAACGACAAAAGACUCAAUAUGAAAGUGUUCAAAACACACCAAGUCCAACCAUAGCAACAGCCUCAGCACAACUCAAUGCCACUGCAUCUGGUUCAGCGGCCACACCCGUUGUUGUGCCCUACAGUAAUCGACCCCUUUUGGGUGUCAAUGGUACGGGACAACGUAAAGAUAUGACCGAUAAAGCCACAAAAGUCGCAAGUACUACCGUACAACCAGAAACGAUAAAAGCCAAUAAUGAUGACGGUAGCAGUAGUAGUGAUGCAAAGAAAAAUCUUAAUCAAUAUCCUAAAAAAGCUUUAGGUUCAACGUUGGGAGCUUCGGCAACAUUAACAAAAACAGGAGCAACAGUUGCAGCUGGAGCUGCAGUAGGUGGUGGUACAGUUGCGGCAACAGUGGCAGCUGGUGUACAGAAAGAGGAGGAAACUGAGGAAGAGAAAAUUAUCGAUACCAUAGAUGUGCCCGAGAAUGAGACAUUAGAUGCUUUGAAACAUAAUAAUUUAACGGUGAAUCAAACUGAGGAUCAUCAUCAUUACUAUAAUAGUACAAUUGUUGUGGACAAAGAAAAAGCUGAUACAUACUGGAAUGAAAUUAAAAAUAUGUCCCCUAACUGGAUGUUAUCACAAUCACAUCGUAGAGCUAUGACUGUUGUUUUGAGUUUCGAUUUUCCCUUCUAUGGUCAUCCUGUAAGAAAUGUUACCGUGGCCACUGGUGGCUUUAUUUACACUGGCGAUUAUGUACACUCUUGGUUAGCGGCAACACAAUAUAUAGCUCCACUUAUGGCCAAUUUCGAUACCAGUCUAUCAAAUGAUUCAUAUGUGCGUCUAAAUGAUACCGGUUCCAGUUUUACAGUCAUUUGGGAAAAUGUUAAUCUACAAGAUAAACCAGAAGUGGGCAAAUUCACUUUUAGUGCCACAUUGCAUAAAAAUGGUGAUAUUGUUUUUACUUAUUUCUCAGUGCCGAUUUUUGUUAAUGCCAUACAAGAUGACAAACAUCCUGUCAAGGUUGGUCUCUCCGAUGCCUAUAUUAUUGACAAAGUUGUCUACUUCGCUCGUAGAAAAACAAUUUAUGAAUAUCAUAGAGUUAAUUUUGCCAAUGCCGAGAUUACAAAUUCCACAAUCAUCACUUUGAAAGCUUUACCCACUUGUCUUGAAUAUACCGAUUGUGCCUCAUGUGUAAAUCAUGUCACUGCAUUUAAUUGUACAUGGUGUCCAAACUUAAACAGAUGUUCCACCGGUACAGAUCGCAAAAAACAAGAUUGGCUAGCCCGUGGCUGUGAUCGCAACUUUGUAACCGAAGAAACCUUCUGUCCUGCCAUCGGUCAAAAGGGUAAUAAUGCCAAUCAAAAUGAUAAUACAACAUCUACAACAGUUGUAGAUGGUAACACCACUAACAAUAGUAAUCACAAAGAUGAUUCAUUACAUCCCUUUAAACCCUAUAAUCCUACAGGUUUAGAAACAUCCUCAACCUCAGGAGACACCAUUGGAGAAUCCAAUACAGAUUUUCAUACUGGUACACAAAUGAAAUCAAUGGUUGAUGAAUCGGCCGAACGUAAAAGUAUGGGCGUAACAUUGGGUGUAUUCGUGCCCAUAUGUUUGUUGUCGUGUGCCUUGCUAUGGAUACUUUAUGCCUAUAGAAAUCCUCAUACAAGAAGUGGUCAACUUCUUAUACAGUCCAAAUACCGUCAGUAUCGUCCCCGUCAGUGGUCUUGGAGGCGUGGCGAAGCUCGUUUAUACAGCCCGCAAACGAUACACAUGUAG